CGAAAUUCGAAGAGAGCGUCGUCAUGGAACGGCUCGCGGCGCAGAGCGAACGAUGUCUUCGCCUCCUGCGCGAGGACGCCGAGUGGCAGGACAAGACGCAGCAGCUGCUGGACCUCCAGGAAGUCUUCGAGGCCAUGCGAGCGACGGGCAGGCUCAAGCCAAUCGACCCGGUCCUCGCGCUUCUCAAGCCACUCGUGCCGCAUCUGACGGCCAUGCUGGGCGAUAUUCGGUCGUCGGUCGUCAAGACGACAUGCUCGGUGCUCUCGGCGAUCGCGACCGCGUGCGGGCCGGACCUCGCGCCAUUCGUGGACGAGAUCCUGCUCGGCGUCUUGAACACGGCGUACGUCAAGGUCCGCGUCAUGUCGAGCGCGGGCGAGGCUUGCCUCGAGACCAUCUCCAGGCAGUCCCGCUACAGCCUGCUCCAGCUCCAAGCCCACUUUGCGCAAACCAAGCACGCGGACGUGCGCCAUCUCUGCAUAGCGCAGUUUCCCAUCAUCAUGAGCUCAUGGCUCAAGCCCGAGCUCGACGCGCAGUACCCGAUUCUGAAGAGCAUGCUCGCGAAGGCGCUCCAGGACCAAGACGACAAGGUACGGCGGAAAGCGCGCGAAGCCUUUUGCAUGUUGUCUGAGAUCUGGGACGAACACAUGGACGAGUUUGUGCUCUUGCCCCAGCGCACGACGCGCGAGUCCAUCAUCAAGGAGUUUCCGCUCUCGCGACUGGCCACAGAGCUGCGGCGCAAGCACGGCGAGCCCGUACCGAAGCGCACGCCACUCAAACAGCGCAUGGCGACGACGCCGGACCCAUCGAUCGCGUCGGAAGAGUCGUCGGACAGCGUGCCGCCGUCGCCCAGCACAAAAAACACAACACGGCCACGCGCCGCAUUGAAACCCAUGGCGCGGUCGGUCUCGGUACCGAGUGCGCGCCGCUACAUCGCUGCGUCGGGCUCCAUGUCGUCCCAGUCCUCCUCCUCCGACGUCGCUCCCGUCGACUUGGACGACGAACUCGCGCGCCGCGACGAGGCCGAGUCCCGUGACGUUGCGUCGGAGCCGCAGGACGAUGUCGUCGACAAUCACGCACCGCAUGACGAUGCGCACCCGACAGCACGGCCCGUCUCGGUGCCCAAGCGACUGCUUGACAACUUCGUGUGGAUCUGCACGGCCGUGAGCAUUCUCUUUGCGAUCUAUGGCCUCACGGGGGCCCUCUGGAGCGUCGUGCUGCUCGGGAGUCCGUCAAGCGACAUUUCGCUCGAGCUCCAAGACGUCGAGGACGCGGUGCUCACAACGCUCUUUGAGUUCCGGGCGCACGAGGCUGAGAUGGACGCGUGGGUCCACGACGUCGCUGAUACGAUGGACGCGUACCGGCGCGAAGCGUCGGCCGAAAUUAGCCGCCUUCACGACGCCAACGCCGUCUGGAACCGGUCGAUGCGCAACGAUAUGGCGGCCUUCACCGCCGAGUUUGUGGCCAAAAUCAAGUUUGAUCCGACACCCGAGAGCAGUGCUCCCUAGUCGAUCAACGCCUUGUGACUGUUGUCGAUCUUUUUUCUAAUAUAUAACCCCAACCCUAUCCCUCUUU